AUGGCCGAGCUGGACCUCAUGGCUCCAGGGCCACUGCCCGGGAUCAGCGCUCACCCUCUGGCCACUGUCAGCCCAGACUCUGGGUCGGCCAGCCCGGCCGAAGAGGACACGGGCUCCCUGGGGAGCCCCCAGGGGGAGCCAGAGGCACAGGACGGCGGCUCUGAAGGGCAGGGGGCUCCAGAUAGCGCCGCUGCUGGGGAGGAAGAGGAGGAGGAGGAGGAGGUCCUAUGUGACUUCUGUCUCGGCACCUGCAGGGUGAAGGCGGUCAAGUCCUGCCUGACCUGCAUGGUGAACUAUUGUGAGGAGCACCUGCGGCCUCACCAGGAGAACAGCAAACUGCACAGCCACCAGCUGACCGAGCCCGUGAAGGACCGGGACCUGCGCACCUGCCCUGCCCACCGCAGCCCGCUGGUCGCCUUCUGCCGCCCCGAUGGGCAGUGCGUCUGCCAGGAGUGCGGCCAGGACGAGCACAGGGGCCACGCCUUGGUCUCCUUGGAUGCCGCCCGCAGGGACAAGGAGGCUGAACUUCGGGACACCCAGUUAGAGCUGGAACGGAAACUCAGGUUGAAUGAAAACGCCAUCGCCAGGCUCCAAGCCAACCACAAAUCCGUUUUGGUGUCAGUGUCGGAGGUGAAGGCGGUGGCCGAGGAGCAGUUUGGGGAGCUGCUUGCUGCCGUGAGGAAGGCCCAGACCGACGUGAUGCUCUUCUUGGAGGAGAAGGAGCAAGCAGCACUGAGCCAGGCCAGCGGCAUCCGGACGCAUCUGGAGCACAGGAGCGCACAGAUGGAGCGCAGGAGGCAGGAGCUGGAGAGCAUUGCCUCCAUCAGUAACACCGCCCUCUUCCUGGAGGAGUACUGCAAGUUUAAGAACACUGAGGACGGUGCCUUCCCGAGUGUUUACAUAGGACUCAAGGAUAAGCUCUCGGGCAUCCGCAAGGUCAUCACAGACUCCACUGUUCACUUAAUCCAGUUGCUACAGAACUACAAGGUCCAGCUCCAGGAUUUCUGCAAGGAAGAGGAAUAUGAUAUCAGAACUCAAGUGUCUGCCGUGGUCCAGCGCAAGUACUGGACCUCAAAACCUGAGCCCAGCACCCGGCACCAGUUCCUCCAGUAUGCAUGUGACAUCUCGUUUGACCCGGACACGGCACACAGGUAUCUCCGGCUGCAGGAGGACAAUCGCAAGGUCACCAACACCACGCCCUGGGAGCAUCCCUACCCGGACCUCCCCAGCAGGUUUGUGCACUGGCGGCAGGUGCUGUCGCAGCAGAGCCUGUACCUGCACAGGUACUAUUUUGAGGUAGAGACCUCCGGGGCGGGCACCUAUGUUGGCCUCACCUGCAGAGGCAUCGACCGGAAGGGGGAUGAACGCAACGGUUGCAUUUCUGGGAACGACUUCUCCUGGAGCCUCCACUGGAAUGGGAAGGAGUUCACAGCCUGGCACAGUGACACGGAGACCCCGCUCAAAGCCAGACCUUCCCGGAGGCUGGGGAUCUACGUCGACUUUCCGGGAGGGAUCCUGUCCUUCUACGGCGUGGAGUCUGACGUCAUGACUCUGGUUCACAAGUUUGAGUGCAAGUUUUCGGAGCCGGUCUACCCUGCCUUCUGGCUUUCCAAGAAGGAAAACUCCAUCCGGAUCAUGGAUCUGGGAGAGGAGCCCGAGAAGCCAAUGCCAACUUCAGUGCAGGCUGCUCCCUAG